AAUUUUGGAAUGGAUGAUAGACCAUCCAUUGAGACUAUCUCAUCCUUGUUACGAGCAAAACCGAACAAUUGACCAUCUCAUUGGACGAUCUAUAUUUGAACUGUUUCACCCACCCAAUUCCAUUUCAAAACUGACAUUUACACAGUACACGUAAUAUAAUAUAGAUCCAGGUUCAAUUCCUUCAGCUUGACGUGAGGCAAGCUUGAAGAAAAAUGAGGAAUUGAGAUGAUCUGGUUCUCUCCCCCUGUUGAGUCUGGACUAGUCUCUCGAGCAUUCCUUUACAACCAUUGAACCACCACCAUUCAUGGCUUCCUCACCCCUCUCUCUCCUCCUCUUCUCUCUCUUCCUCCUCCUCCUCCACCAACCUCUCUCUACCUCAUCAACCCUCCCCAAAUCCACCCUCUUCAGACCCAACCUCAUCUCCCAGCCCACUCCCUCCAUAACCACCAGCACCACCGACACCCCCAUCACCUCCUACUUCGAAGUCACCAAACCCAUCAAACUCCCCCACACUAAACCCUGCUCCUACCUCGUCCUCCGCCACGAUUUCGCCUACACUUACUCGAAACCCCCAGUUCUUGCCAAUUACACCCCUCCUUCCGAUUGCCCAUCUCAGGAUUUCGCCAAGAUCGUACUCGAGUGGACAGCAACGUCCAAAGGCAGGCAAUUUGACCGGAUUUUCGGGGUUUGGCUCGGCGGCGUGGAGAUCCUGCGCAGCUGCACGGCGGAGCCGAGAUCCACCGGGAUAAUUUGGACCGUCCAAAAGGACAUCACGAGGUAUCACUCGUUGCUCAUGACCAAUCAAACGCUAGCUGUUUAUCUUGGAAAUCUGGUUGAUAAUACUUACACUGGUGUUUACCAUGUUGAUAUAUCAGUCCACUUUUAUCCUGCUACAGUGAGUUUGAGUAAUGGUGAGGCUAAUUUAGGUAAUUCUGCUGAUUUGAUCUUACCCGUUUCGCGAAAUCUGCCGUUGAAUGAUGGCUUGUGGUUUGAAAUCGAGAACUCGACGGAUGUAGAGUCAAAGAAGUUUGAGAUUCCUCGGAAUGCUUAUAGGGCUGUGUUGGAGGUUUAUGUCUCAUUUCAUGAGAACGAUGAAUUUUGGUAUACGAAUUUGCCGAAUGAGUACAUUAGCACAAAUAAUCUCACGGGUACAGCGGGGAAUGGGGCUUUCAGGGAGGUUGUGGUUAGAUUGGAUGGUUCAUUAGUUGGUGCAGUUUGGCCUUUUACUGUGAUAUAUACUGGAGGGGUCAAUCCCCUCCUCUGGAGGCCGAUUACCGGAAUUGGUUCUUUCAAUCUCCCUUCUUAUGAUAUUGAAAUCACGCCGUUUUUAGGAAGCAUAGUUGAUGGAAAGAUCCAUGAGUUUGCAUUUAGUGUAACCAAUGCGUUGAAUGUGUGGUAUGUAGAUGCCAAUUUGCACGUGUGGUUAGACAAGACGGGCAUGGAAACUGAAGGACAGCUUUUGAGUCACACUAGUUUGGAACCCAUAAUUUCUUUGGUAUCAAAUUUUACAGGUCUGAAUGGAAAUUUUUUGACCAGUUCUAGUAGGUCCGUAUCAUCAAUUGGAUGGGUGAAGUCAUCCCACGGGAACAUCACGACCAACACAACUCAAACAUUCAACUUCAGCAACUUUAUGGUGAUGGGGAAUGAUGGGAAUUUGCAGAUUGUGAAUCAGAUAAUUGAUUUCAAUAACAGUGUUCAUGCACUGAUGCCUACUUCUUCUACUCACUCAAUCGAAUCAUUUAAAAGGUUUCCCCUUUACCUUUACUCCAAUUCUGUGGACCAAGGAAACGACACUUCCAAUUUUGUAACGAACCUAACAUUGGGUUUCAGCGAAGAGAGAGUAGCGGCUUCUGGUUUUGGAUUCUUGGUUAGUAGUCUAAAAAAUUUGCAGAAUGCACAGGGUAUCAUGCUGGUGAAGGGGAACUUGGUGGUCAGCGGAAUAGGAAGUACACAGCAAGCAUACCAAUAUGAUAGCAGCAAAUUCUGCUAUUUUAGAACUGUGAGCAGCUCAAAUUACACUAUUCUUUACGAUAAGGUGGGCAAUACUUGCAGCAAAAAAUUUCGACCUCGUGUGGGUUUUGGACUUGCCAAAGGGUUGCCUUUCUCUGCUCAGAGGGCCUUAACAUCUGUUUUUCGUGACAAUAAGAAAUUGCAUUGACACAUUUAGUUGGCUGGUUCUUCUAUUGCUUCGCAAAAGGAGUUCUCCUAGUGGCAUUUUGGGGAAUUUUUCAGAAAGUUGGUAGACCGGGUGACAAAGUCAGUGUCGUAAUCUUCAACUAUUGUGACGGUGAAUCAUGUUUCUAUGUACUGCUAUUGUAAAUUUUUUGUUUUAUCAUUUUGGAUUUAAUGCAGCUGGUUGAUUUUCAAGAGGACAGUGGUAUUCCUCUUUGGGUUCCCUAAAAAUAAAUUUUGCAAUAUUUUGCAAAUGAUGGAAAACUUUCUUCAUAAACCUUGGGGAAAGUGGGUAUUAAUAGAUGUGCCAUUUCUCUCA